UCAGCUACUGUUGCACCCAAGGACAUGGUCUUCUACAACUUUAUGAAGCCCUGGCUGGGGGAUGGGCUCCUGCUGAGUGCUGGUGACAAGUGGAGCAGACACCGUCGCAUGCUGACACCUGCCUUCCACUUCAACAUCCUGAAGUCCUAUGUGAAGAUUUUCAACGACAGCGCGAAGGUCAUGCACGCCAAGUGGCAGUGCCUGGUCACUGAGGGCCACACCCGUCUGGACAUGUUUGAACACAUCAGCCUCAUGACCCUGGACAGUCUGCAGAAAUGCGUCUUCAGCUUCAACAGCAAUUGCCAAGAGAAGCCCAGUGAAUAUAUUACUGCUAUCCUGGAGCUCAGUGCCCUUGUGGAAAAACGGAACCAGCAGCUCUUCCAGUACAGGGACUUCGUGUACUACCUCACCCCCAAUGGGCAGCGCUUCCGCAGGGCCUGCCGCCAGGUACACGACUUCACAGAUGCAGUCAUCCGGGAGCGGCGCCGCACCCUCCCCGAUCAGGGUGCUGAUGACUUCCUCAAGGCGAAGGCUAAAACCAAGACUUUGGACUUCAUUGAUGUGCUCCUGCUGACCAAGGAUGAAGAUGGGAAGGGGUUGUCAGACGAAGAUAUCCGAGCUGAAGCUGACACCUUCAUGUUUGCGGGCCAUGACACCACAGCCAGUGGCCUCUCCUGGGUCCUCUACAACCUUGCAAAGCACCCUGAAUACCAGGAGCGCUGCCGGCAGGAGGUGCAAGAACUCCUGAAGGAUCGUGAGCCUAAAGAGAUUGAAUGGGACGACCUGACCCAGUUGCCUUUCCUGACCAUGUGCAUCAAGGAGAGCCUACGGUUGCAUCCUCCAGCCCCGACCGUCUCUCGCCGCUGUACCCAGGACAUCGUUCUCCCAGAUGGUCGGGUCAUCCCCAAAGGUGUUAUCUGCCUCAUCAGUAUUUUCGAGAUCCACCACAACCCAACCGUGUGGCCAGACCCUGAGGUUUAUGACCCCUUUCGCUUCGACCCGGAAAACAUCAAGGGGAGGUCACCUCUGGCUUUUAUUCCCUUCUCGGCGGGGCCCAGGUGAGAGCAGCGGGCAUCUGAAGAGGGGAUGGGGUGAUGGAGGCGAGGGGGUCUGGGACUGAGAUGCCAGGCAUGACUGUGGGGACAGAGAAGGGG